GCGGAAGAUUAUGUACCAAUGAGAACGCGCGGAGCGAACUGAACCCUUUAUGGCGCACUAAUGUAGCUCAUUUAGUUCAAAACAUCCCUCUUCUCUAAUGUUAAAGAUUAAUAACCCAGUGUUUAUAUCAGCUACAUCUGUAGGGCACAUGUCAGCUGGGCGAACAGCGGCUAUUUACUGCAGUUUUCCACGUUAAAGACACGCAGAUCUGACGAACAAUGACCUCGGCAUCAACAAAGGUUGGUGAGAUCUUCUCUGCAGCAGGAGCUGCUUUCACGAAACUAGGAGAGCUCACCAUGCAGCUGCACCCAGUGGCUGACUCCAGUCCAGCAGGAGCUAAAUGGACGGACACUGAUAUUGAGAUGCUCCGGUCGGCUGUUAGGCGCUUUGGUGACGACUUGAAUGUGCUCAGCUCGGUCAUCAAGAAGCGCACAGUGGCACAGAUCAAAACGACAGUAAAAAGGAAGCUUUAUGAAGACAGUGGUGUUCCUUUAUCUUCUGAGUCGCCAAAAAAAAGUACUAAAAGGGUACAAGUUGCUGUUGCUCCCCCUCCACCACCUACAGUCAUGGCUGUGCCAACAUCCCAGGUAGUAGUGACAACAGGCUUACAGAGAGCACCCUCAGGUCCAACCAGCAUUAAGAAGCCAAAGACAGCAGAGGUUACUCUCAGUGCCCUGAAUGACUCGGAUGUAAAUAGCGAUCUAGUGGACAUCGAGGGACUUGGUGAUGGCUCUACGACGAAAAAACUCAAUUUUGAUCAAGAUAGUUUAAAUCUGGACUCCAGUCUCAUCAUGAACUCCAGUGACCUGCCUCUCCUUUCCCGCUGAACUGCAAGUUAUCAUCGGAUGGAAGAGAGAGAAAAAAAAAAAAUCACGUCACUUCAGACUGGACUUAUCUUAAAAUUCAGUUACAUUCUCCUUUUUGGUAUGAACUUUGUUUGAAUAUAAAUUGUCUAAAACAGUAAUGUAAAAAUGUUUAUGUACAGUUUUAGUAAUAAAUGUUACGACCAGGCGUGCUUCGGAAACCACUUGUCAGAUGCCACCAUAUUUUUGUGUAUUAUAAAUGCAUUUGAAAUGGUUUUAAUUCCCCACAUCAACACUUUCAUUUGAUAACUAAGAAUGUGCUGUUAUUAGAAGACAGUAAAUGACAGUUAUAUUUUGUAUUUCGUUGAUAUGUAAAUAUAUAAAUAAGCUGAUUUUAAUCCAAAUUUAUACUCCAUUUUUGUGAUUGAGAUGAAGAAUGCAUGUACCUACGGGAUGACUGUGUACACAGUAACAUGGCCUGUCUUCUUACAGCUGUGAUUUUAUAUAAGCUCUGUUUACACAACCUGUGCUACCUGUGCAUGUUUAAUAGUAAAUAAGAACAUGUGGUGGCAAAAUUUGCCAUGUUUCCUAAUAUUAAAUUUUUGGGACGGACCAAUCCCAGAUUUGCCAAUUUAUGAAGGGCCACAAAAUACAGUUCAAUAUGUUCUUAUUAAAAACAGACCUAUGUCAGAUUGUUGCAAGUGACUCAUUGCAGUAGAAGGGAGAAUAUAAAUCUUGUCAGAGUUGCGGCCCUCGAAGAACUAACUGACGUUUCUGCUAUAAUGCUGUUUUGUGAUUUGCCUGCACCUGUGUCAUAUCAAUAUUAAGUGAGCUGUUUCAAGGGUGACACGAGACUUUGGAUCAGUCUAGAGCUAUUUGUAAUCUAAAAUUAAAUGAUUUAUAACUAAACAAAA